GCCAGGUCGAGUACGCGGACCCCGACAUGGCCGACGCCGGACUGUUCUGGCGCAAGGCCAAGGUGCUCGACGUGUGGCAGGCCGGCGACCCGCGCGGCCUGGCGGCGUGCCUCCCCGGCCUGGCACCGCAGCCGCGGGAUACGGUGGUGGUCAAGAAGUAUGCUAGCGCCUUCUUCGGGACCACGCUGGCGGCGAGUCUGCAUGUGCGUACCGUCACCUCCUUGUUUGUGCUCACCCGGAGAAGAAGAAAGGGGCUGACUUGGCGGCGGCAGGUCCUCAACGUCGACACGCUGGUCAUCUGCGGCGUCAGCACGUCGGGCUGCGUGCGGGCCACGACGCUCGACGCCAUGCAGAACGGCUUCCGACCGAUGCUCGUCGCGGCGGCCUGUGGAGACCGCACGCCCGAGAUCCAGCAGGCCAACCUGUUCGACCUCGACUCCAAGUACGCCGACGUCGUCGACGAGGACGAGGCGCUGGCGCGGCUGUCGGCGGGGUGGGCGAAGGAGCCAUGAUUUAUCCAUGUUCAUAGCAGGCAGAUGAUAUC